GUAUCGUGGAUCAGAGGCCGUGACCUGCAAGUGCUUUCUACAGGUCGAGUCACCUUCUCCACCGACUUGCGGAUCUCCGUUCUGUCUGGCACAACAAAAUUCAAGACCAGGAAAUCUCGCUCACUCUCCCGUGCGUACAGUCGUGGGUAUGUCGCCGACGUACCCAACAGCACGUAUGUUGAUCCAACGGGUGAGCGACUGGCUAAAUGCCACCACUGUACCUAUCAUUCUCAUUACCCAUGUGCCAACUUCGUGAACAAAAGUGACUUCGAACAAGAAACGAGCACCAAAAGACAAAUUUCCCGCAGAGACUCCAAUCCAUUUCCUAAUGCGGGUCAAAAUUUCCAGGACUCUCAGUUCAGUAUUCGUCGGAGAAGAUACAAGAGAAAAGAGAGACGAAAUAGGGUAAAACUGACUCAUAUCAGAGGUAAUGUACCUGAGAGAAACAUUUAUCGACCAGAGACGCACGGAAGCAAGCGUCGUAACCGCAGAGAAAAUAUCUUCAACUACUGGAAUACGGAGUAUCACCACCACUCCAAGAACCAUAAGCAAUUCACCGGAAGAAAGCAUACCAAGCGAGACCAAUCUUUCGAUAAAUUCCCCAAAAGCGGAGAACCACAAGCUUACGCCCAGUACAACAGCCCCAUCGCCAUAUACCCCCAAGGACCAUUCACCCAGGGCAUGGAGAAAAAGGGGGCCCAACCCGGCCCUAAUUACAUCGAAGGCGUUUGGGAGCCCGAGGACUACACCCUUCAGAUCAAGUACAUCAAACCGGAGGACUCUGGCACCUACAUCUGUCAGAUCAACACUGAGCCCAGGAUAUCGCAAGUCGUUCACCUCAACGUUGUCAAGAUGCAAGCGGAGAUCGUGGGCAGCAACGAACUGUACGUUAAGGCCGGAACUCUCGUCACUCUGGCGUGCAGAGUGAACCAUGGAACUCUAAUGCCUGGGUUCAUCCUGUGGUACAAGGGAGAGCGGUUGGUGGAGUACGACACCAGCGGCGGCCGGAUACAGGUGGUGACGGAGACCGACGGAGUCAGCCACCUCCUGCUGCACGACGCCCAUCUCUCAGACUCUGCGAACUACACCUGUUCUCCUUCAGGGGGAGCUCCCGCCUCUCUCGUUCUCCAAGUUAUUGUAG